GGUCCAAGUAAGGGCAAGUCGCUCUCCCUCACAUCAAACCUUCCGAGCCUCACCGCGUCCUGUGCAACACGCUGCUGGACAUUUUGUCAACAGACAAAAGACAUCAACAGCGAAGAACUGUGGCAAGCACAUUUCAAAAAUUUCACCAUGUCGGACAAUAUGUGCAAAGAAGAUCUUAAGCUGAUGGCUCGUCAACUCCAAGAAGAACUCGGGCCGAUCAUUGUUGACCUACGAAAACACCACAUCAAUGUCAACAUUUCCAAGGUCACUGGUACAUCAACAGCCAUUGUUGGAGGAAUCGUUGCAGUCGCAUGUGGCAUUGCCGCCAUUUUUACCUUCGGUGCUACUUUACCCUUUGCCAUCGCCGGGGCCGUGGUGUCUGGUGUCGGAGGCGGAGUGUCCGCGGGGGCAUCAGUGACAGAGUUCGGCAUCGAGCGCAAAAAGAACGUUUGGGACCUAGGAAAGAAGUGUCAAAAUUUCUUUGAGCAGGUAGUACAAACAUAUUCCAUCUCUGCACAGAAAAAACAAGAAUGGAGCAGGUGGCUGGACGGCAAGACGUCAGACAUAGUCAUUCGUGUGGCUCGCAUCGCCACCUCAUCAGCCUCAGGUGCCACGGGGGUGGUAAACGGAAUACGAACCAUAAUCCGGGCCGGUGAUGCUGCUGAGACCGUCUUAGAAGCGGGAAAAGUAGCGAUGAGGGCAGCUAGUACUGUCGGCAAAGUUCUCAUUGCACUAAACGCAGUGACCAUUGUUUUUGACAUCAUCGACUUGGGAUUCUCCGGCUACCGACUGCACAAACGUCUGGGUUCGCCGGCCAGCGAGAAAUUUGAAAGAUACGUCAUCCUCUGCCAGUUGGUCAUGGAGGACGAAGAGGACACGCUGUUGCAGCUUGGAGCCGAGUCGCAGUAACAUACAUCAGACUCCCAUACAUCACUGUACUGAACACUGGACACAUUUUGUCACCUCACCAACUGUUAGUCUAUUAACGAAUGUAAACAAAAAGAAUAAACUUCUAAUGUACACAGAGUCAAAGUAAAUUUUUAAAAUUUGAAAUAUUGAAUACUCUUAAAGUACUUUAAAUACAGUUCUUACACAUUUCCACUGUAUUGGACAUCUGUAAAAGGUUUGUUCUUUCCCCUUGAACCUUUAGGCAGUCAGUAAACCAACCACUAUGGCUCUCCUAGAUAGGAAAUGAUCUCCAUUUUUCACCAACAGAACCGUUCAUUUUAGAUUCUGAACUUGAUAAAGGCAUGCGACAUAAGUAUGUUAGAGAUAAUGUACUCUUUCUUACUAAUACCAUCUUUACUUGUUGACAAGUAGCUUCAGUGUGCAUCUACUACUACAUUCCUUGUUUGAUUUCAUCAUAUAGUGUUUACUAUACUACAAUCGACAAUAAAACAA